AUGUGGCAAAAAAUAAAAAAAAAGGUCGGCGUCACAGAUCAUGGCGCCGAGCUCGACGCCACAGAUCUCGGCGCCAAGCUCGACGCCACAGAUCACAGCGCCGAGGUAAGGUACAAAACGCCCCCCGGCUGCUUCCUCUGCCCGCGCGCCCCCCGGCUUCCUCCUCCCUCCUCCUCACGUCCGCCGUUGCCCGCGCCCGGCGGCCCUCCACGCGUGCCGGCCGGCCCGCUGCCCGCGCGCCCCGCCGCUACAACCUGCCGCCCUGCCGCUGCCACCGGCACAGCUGGUGCCCCCGACCGCCGCGGCCGCUGCCCCCGGCCGCCACCGCCGGUGCCCCGGCCCUCCCCGCGGCUGCCCCCGGCCGGCCCCGCGGCUGUCCCCAGCCGGCCCCGCCACUGCCCCCGGCCGGCCCGCCGCUGCCUUCGGUGA